UGCUGCUGCGCUUUUACUCGGGUCUUUCCGGCAGCUCAGCCAAAAGCGGAUGAACACGCGCGGCGGUGCACGCGGCAGCAGCCGAAGUAGCAGAGCGAGCAGCCGCCCGGAACAACCGAGCGACCCCGGGACUGAUUUUUACCCAGUUUUCCGUCGGGAAAACCGGGGACACCGGGCUAGGGGGGUGGGCUGGGUGCUCCGGUACAUAAAGAAUGAGAGAGCCCUCCUACCGGAGGGGGCGUAAACAUGAACGGGGCCGUGUAUAUUUCGUUUUUCCAGGGCCAACUGGAGUCCGUGCUGGAGCAAGUCGUUCAACUCGCCGUCCAGGAAAUCAGCAAGACGGUGGGCUCCAGCCUGAACACCCUGCUGCUGGAAACGGCCGUGAAAGAGCAGGAAAACCGGCGGCUUAGGCUCCAGCUGCAGUCGCGGGAGAAGAACGGGGGCCGAGGGAAAGGAACCGCGAACCCCAACGGUAACCCUUCGGACGGCGGAGGGUCUACGGCGGCCGGUAGGGCGGACAGCGGCAGGACAAAGCCCGAGUAUCCGCAGCAGCAGCAGCAGCAACAGCAGCAGCUACACGCCCCCGGAGGGCAGGGCACCGAGCCCGGCGUUCCUACAGACACACGCCGCCUGGAGCAGCGGGGACGGGUCGUGGACCAGCUGAAGGCCGUGAUGGAGCAGGUUCUGGACUUUGCGGUCCACGAGCUGACGAAGAUCGUGGAGGCGUCGUACGACGACCUGCUGCUGGAGAUCACCAAGAUGGAGCGGGAGCACCAGGUCCUGGAGGAGAACCUGGACCGCCGGGACAAGAGAGGGGGGGGAGGAGGAGGAGGAGGAGGAGGGGCGGCGGGGGGGAGGAGAAGGGGCUCGGAGAACGACUCGGUGUCGCCCAGCGGCUCCGAAGACACCCGGGACGAACCGGCUGACGUCACCGCGGCGACCAAACGCACGCCGGAGACACACGACCCGGAGCGCCCCCCCGUCCUCUCCGUCUCCCAGGACUGGGUUCCCAUCCUGGACAAAGUCUUCGGGCAGAAGUGGUGCAGCGACCUCUGGCAGAUCAAGGAGCGAGGGGGAGGCGGGGGAGGGGGAGGGAGAGCGGGCGCAGGGGGGUGGAGUCUGGGGGCGUCGUUGGCCCCCCCCUCUUUGACCCUGGAGCCGUCCCCGUCCUCCCCGCUGCAGGACCCCCGCUGGACUCCGCUGGAGGACAUGGAGGUGUUUUCUCCGGACGACGACGCUGCAGACGGCCAGAGGAAGAGCACCGCACCCCCGCCGCCUGAACCCCCGCUCAGCCCCAAAGGGUCUUCUGGCCGCCGCUCCUCAGCGUCGAUGCUCCACCGCCUCCUCACGCUGCCGUCUCAGCUGCUGGAGGACGACGACGAGGACGCCGCCGCCGCCAACGAGACGCUGGCCGCACUGGCCAUCGAAGGCUUCAGCGACCGCCGAGACGGCGUAGAGCCGCCGGCCGACCAGCCCGGCCCAUCACCCCCGGCAACCAGGGAGGAGGAGGAAGAGGAGGAGGGAGAAGAGGACGAGGACAAAGGGAGGAAGAAGAAGAGGCGGAGGGUUUGGUCUGAGUGUGAGGAGUGCGGGCGGCGGUUCAGCCGGAUGUCUCUCCUGAAGGCUCACCGUCAGACUCACGGCGCCGCCGCCGACACAUCGUCUCCUCCGUCCCCGCCCGGAGGUGGAGGUGCCUCGGCGCUACACUGCUCGCACUGCGGGAAGAGGUUCUCCUCGACGACGCGCCUCCACAGCCACAUCCGGACCCAGCACCCCGGCAACCGGUCCUGAGGAAAGUCCAAAAUAUCCCCGACAGGAAAAGGAAAGGGGAUCAACGGAGUCCGACAAACAAGCCCAACAGAAACCAGACAGAGUCCACGGAGCAGGAACAGAAACUAUAACACGGGAAACGCGUCGGGAUCCGGAGAGGAAAAAAGUCCAGAAGCCCUUUUUGUUUUAGCCAGAAACUGCCUCGAAAUCACCAUCGCCAGUCGGUGCAAAAAUAUUGACUCAUCCCAGAAGAAUCCGCUCAGCCCAUGAUCACACUUGGCGUCUUUUUUUUUUUACUAUAAGGGUGCUUUUGUGGCGGCGUUACGGUUCCCAAAAGCAGCUCGAGAGUGUCUUUAGUUGCAUCUUCAGAGCGUCCAGUCAUAUCAUAUAACUCGCUGUGUUGCUAAGGAAACGGCAGUUCUGGCUACUCCGCUUGUCAUUGGUCGGCUGUCAAAAAAAAAGCGCUCAACGUAGCCAUGUCGAAAAAAAAAUGUGGUCACUUGGAGAGGUUUUGGCACACCAGUGCCACCUGUAGUACCAAAUACUGAAAAAACUAGCUCCCGUUAGGUCAGGACUAGAGUUCUGAAACUUCUAGAAGUCUCGUUGACAAGGUGGAGAAGGCAUGUGUUCUGCAUAGUGUGGCACAAAGUAUGUUUUAUUUUAUAGUAUGUUGUGUUUGAAUCACAUGCUAAUCCAGCACAUUCUCAGAAACUAGAAGAAUUUACGUUUCUAAUGAUAGAUGCAUUCUGGCCUCGCAGUUCUUCUGUUAUUCAGUCCCUCCAGAAAAACGUGAUUAUGUGAUCUCAUAAUUCAAUGCAUAAUCAGCCAAAGUCCGCAUAUUUAUGUGGGGGCUGCAUUUUUUCAAAUACGCCGCACUUUCGCCGCAUAAAUUGCCGAUUUCCGUGCAAAAUAUGCGGGGCUUGCAUAAUUUCAUAAUCUCCGCGUUUUCGCCGCAAAAAUGUCACAUAUAUCUUAGCA